CUCAUCUCUCACAAAACUCUACUACCUCCACACAACCAACCUCCCCCUCCCUCCUUCAUUAUCACGCCUCUCUUUCUCUCUCUCUCCCCUCGCUCACGACCAAACAAUCUCCUUCUCUCUCCCACCCACCGACUCGUGCAUCUUCUUGCUACUGUAUUUGUAUUUCGAGCGUUUUUCUCUCCCCCACAAAGCUCACCACGUGCUGAACGUGGCUUUUCACAUCGGCGAUGUCUGAAUUUCUCGGGUAUGCUGGACGUGGUCAUUGAAGCCUGCCUACGCCCGCUUACGCAGCCAUAGGUCUCGCAUUUCCCUCAUCUCCAAAAGCGAUAUUCGCUAUGUUGGCACUCUACAUGAAAUCAACUCGGACGAGUCGACAGUAUCACUUGAAAAUGUGAGGUCAUUCGGUACCGAAGGUCGUAAAGGCCGACCUGAAGAAGAGAUUGCCUCCUCCGACCAAGUCUACGAGUACAUUGUAUUCCGAGGCAGCGACGUGAAGGAUCUACGAAUUGAGGACCAUCCCAACAUCAAGGAGAACAAGCCUCCAGCUGUGCCCGAUGAUCCAGCCAUCGUUGGCACUCGAGCUCGCCCUGGAGCCCAAGGGCCUAACCAAAAUGCUCCACCAGGAGGACCGGCUGCUUUCGGCCCAGGCCAAGGACCCUACCCACCCAACAACUUCUACGGAGGCCCACCACCAGGAAAUUGGGGUCGUGGUGCUCCAGGACCUGGCCCAGGCCCUAACUUUGGGAACAUGCCGUAUCCUCCUCCUCCUGGCUGGUUCCCUCCUGGUCAGGGAUUUCCGGGCGGUUCAGGUGGACCCAACGGCCCCGGAGGUCCUGGAGGUCCCGCACCUUGGCAGAAUGAGUAUCAUGUUCCAUUCGCUGGUCCUGGUGCUCCUGGACCUAACGCACCCGUUGAAGUUGCCGCGAACCAACGAGCCACGUCAGGCUCUGGUCCCUCACAAGAUGCGAAGCCAGCUCCUAUUGGACCUGGCGCCGAUCGAGCCAAGCAAGCCACUCCCAGCGGACAGGCAGCACCUCCCACGGAACCCAAAUCGCUGGCUCAAGGCGUGCGACAACCCUCUCAUGCCCCUACACCACCUGUCGAGUCGAAACCCUCGGUUGAGGAAGUCAAGCAGACUGCUGCGAGUCUAGCAGCCAACGGCCAAGCAAGACCUGAGGACAUCAGCAAGGCUACUCCUACUGGACCAAGGAAUCACCGGGUCAACCCUGUUAUUCCUUUGACAGGUUCUGCUGCCAAGCCCUUCUCUCUACCGGGCGCAGGAGGUGAUGCUGCCAGCAAGGCUCCAGCAGCCACUGCACCACCAAAUGUUCAGGAUGCCACCAACGCUGCUAGGGCUGCGGUCGCUGUUGCUAUGGCCCAACUGGGCAACAACAGUGGCAACGCGAUGGACAACUUGACGAACAAAGUCAACGAGAUGAGGGUCAGCGCUGUCCGAGGGGGGGCAGCUAACAGAGGACGAGGCCGUGGUGGACGUCCUGCUGCCGCCAAGGUCGCGGUUCCCGACUCGGACUUCGACUUUGCCCAGUCUAAUGCCAAAUUCAACAAGCAAGAUGUUGUUAAGGAGGCUGUUGCCGGAUCUCCUCUGGAGACACCCGAAAACCCUGCUGUCACCGAGCAGCCCGAGAUCUCAACUACGACUGACGAUGCUGCUGUUGCCUACAACAAGUCGAGAUCGUUCUUUGACAACAUCUCCAGCGAAUCCAGAGAGCGAACCGAAAACGGAGGCCAGAAGCCCGGUGGUCGCGAAUGGAGGGGCGAGGAGCAGCGCAAGAACAUGGAGACCUUUGGUCAGGGCAGUGUUGAUGGUGCUUAUCGCAACUACCGUGGCCGAGGCCGUGGUCGUGGUCGGGGCGGUCGUGGCUAUGGCCGCGGUGGACGAGGUGGAAACCGUCCUCAGUAUCAAAACACGCCUGCUCAGCAAUAAUCGGUCGCGACGUCACCGGCCAGUAUAAUACGAAUUGAGCUAUGUCAGCCAUGUCGAAGGCACUACGAGGCUCGGCGGUGCGCCACUACGUCGAAUAUGACUACGAGCCGAUACAGGUUUCAUAAUUGCUCGUAACAUGUAUCACAAAUUUCCUACUUUUGGGACGAUUGCAUUUCUGCUGUUUUACACAAGCGAAACACGGUUCCCUACCGUUCUUGGGGUUUGAACGGGUUUAGGGCAUGGAGGGUUGGCUCUCUAUAAGAACGAGGCCUGGAGUUAGGAUUGAAUUGGAAGCGGGCGGAAUUGGAGGCCCUUUCGCAUAGCAGGCUACAAAAGGAACUUGUUUUGCCCUUUUUGAAUUGCAGACUUAAAAAACACAAAGGACGGCCUGGCACGGCCUGGCGCUGGUGGCUAUGAAGACGGAAGCCUAGUUAAUGAGGCGACGAAAGCUCAUGAUGAUGCAAAUAAAACUAGGAAAUGGAGCUUGAUACACAUCAGAAGUACACACAACUCAGAGAGGAAUGAGGCACCUGACAUGAAUACAACCAAUGAUUCAAGCUCAAACAAAGUUGAUGCACUUCUCUUGUGAUGAAUGCCGUGGCUACUUGCUCAAACUUUUCCAUGAGCAUGAUACUAUUUCGUGAAUGUAUUGAGAGUUAAAAGCGGUAUUUGCUCCUAACUCGACAACGUCGAAUAAUUACUUUGGACUCUCCUUGAC